CGAGCUGAAUGGGGAAUGACUGCUUUUCUCCUCCACUCACAACACUCGUUAAAUCAUUCAAAAUUCAGUAUAAAGUCAGGCAGCAUGAAAACGAGCUAGACCUGGAAGCCAAUCCUUAGGACGCAAGUGCAGGAUCGAUGCAGGAUCAACCAACCAGCCUUAAGUCAAUCUCAGUGCUCCAAUCCAUUAGAUAUAUCAGACACUUUGGGUCUCGAGCUUCUGUCAGGAGUUUUUGAUACUCCCAAAAACAACCCAAGAUGGAGCUGCCGGAGGGAAUCAUAAUUGGCUUCGGCAAUCCCCUGCUGGACAUCACCUGCAUUGUCGAGGACAAUGUGAUCCUUGAAAAAUUUGGCCUGGCCGCGAACGCCGCUGUCAUUGCCGAGGAAAAACACGACACCCUCUUUGACGAACUGAUGAACAUGGAGAACGUCAUCUAUUCGGCGGGCGGAGCUUGCCAGAAUUCGAUGAGAAUCUUCCAGUGGAUCGUUCAGACCCCCGGUAGAGGAAUCUUCUCUGGCGCUGUGGGGAACGAUAAGCUAGGUGAACGUAUCGCCAAGAGGGCUAAGGCAGAUGGCCUGACAACCCUAUAUCAGAUUAGGGACGAGCUGCCAACAGGUUCUUGUGCCGUGAUCAUGAACGGCUUGAACCGUUCGAUGGUGGCCAAUCUCGGUGCAGCCUCUAUGUUUACCGAAGAUUGGAUGGAGGAGGAGGAGAACAUCUGCUGGCUAGAUCGAGCUCAGUAUUUCUACUUCACCGGUUUCUUCCUGGCCGUUUGUCCGAUCGUUGUGGAGCGCGUUGCCAAAAUGUGCUCCGAGUCCAAUCGCAUUAUGAUCCUCAAUUUUAGCGCCGUGUUUGUGCUGCAGAUGCAGCGCGCCUCACUGCUUCAGACCCUGCAGUACGUGGACAUCAUAAUCUGCAAUAAGGACGAGGCCCUUGCCUUUGCCGAUUCCAGUGACUGGAAGACGAAGAACAUUUUUGAGGUCGGCAACCGGUUGCAGACCAUGCCCAAGGCAAACAACCAUCCGCGCCUGGUUGUUAUCACCGAUCCCUUAUGCCCUGUGCUCUGCUUCCAGGAGAACGAGCGCGUCCUGGAGUACCCCGUGCCGAAGGUGGAAAAGAGUAAGAUCGUUGACAUCAACGGCUGCAACGACGCAUUCAUCGGUGGGUUCCUUUCCAUGUAUGUCCAAAAAAUGCCACUGGACUACUGCAUCCGCACCGCCAUAUUCGCUUCCCAGCAGACUCAAAACGUAAUUGGCGUCCAGGUCGAAAAGCUGCCGAAAUUUAGUGAGGCGUGCAUGUAAAAUUUAAUCAAGGCCCACACAGAUGACCGGAACUUUAUUACAAUAAAUUCUAAGUCGAAUUAUCUUGGUCAGAGAUCAUA